AUAGGAUUCCUUAUGGAUAUUUUUAAGUAAUUUAUGCGUUUGUACAGAAUGAUAAAGACAGUUAAAUCCUCCAGAUACUAAACCCUAUAAUUGGGGUACGUGUUUUAAAGCGUUUCUAAGAUAUUGAUACGAGUUACCUGCCCUCUGCUUGAGCAUGGCUAAUUAUGGGCAAAUUUGUUGCAAAUAAACUGGUUUAGGUUUGGGUUUAUGGUUUAAACCUGGUUUUCAAAAUGGUUUGUAAACUAAAACUGGUUUGCUCUUGAGAAACAAAUGCAAAAUUCUAGUUUUCAAUAUGGUGUCUUUGGGAGAAAAAGCUUCAGAGCAGUAUUUGAAACGUUAAUACCUCCUGAACGCACAAAAAUCCCCCGAAUCCCAAUAUAUGUUGAAGACAUACUUCCACCAUUCAAUGCAAUUACAGGGAAACGCAUGCAGUUCUAACAGACUUUCUUUCAAACACAAGGGAACACUGUCAUACCAAUGGGAAAACAAUUAUUAAUAUUUAUAAUUCAUAUUUUAUUUGUCCAGUCAAAUGACACUACAAGCCAUAGCUGGCAAGUUUGGAGCACGUAGCGCACUUCAAGAGCACAUUCUGCAUGUGUUUUGACAACAUUCGCCAUCUUGUUUUCAGAAACGAAACCUUCCAAACCACAACCGGUGGUGGUUUGAAUGGUUUAAUAAACUAGUUUAGGUUUAUCAGAAACAAAUGAAUGAACCGGUUUCAGUUUAAAUGUGGUUUGAAACUGGUUUACUCAACAAAUGGAAAGUUUACAGAACCGGUUCGAAACUAAAACUGGUUUUAGGAGAACAAAUUCGCCCAUAUAAGUCACGAGACUCAGAUUAAACAAAGUUCUAUACAUCGAAAAUACAUCAAAAUACUUCACGUGAAAAUAAAAAUAUGUGUACGAUAGUGGCAAAUAAUAUCAAGCUGACAAAUUAAUAUGAAAUUUAGGAAAGGAUGGGCGACGGUUAUCUAAUUAAUUUCACAGAUUAAAAGUAAACACCACUUACCCUGCUAACACCCGGGUUGUAUUCGAUUCAGCAACUCUACAGUGACUCGGGUUGUGGCUUGCACAUGCGCUCUAUCUAACAACCCGUGUAUCGAAUCGAACGGACCGGAAGAGGGUAGAGCGAAAACAACAUGGCGGACAGAAACAUGGUCAUGAGCUUACUACGGGUAAUUAUUGAUGAUAUCAUGGACAUAGAAGAAGAACUAUCAAUUAUGGAUGAAGAAGAGAUCGAAGAACUCGUGUUGGUCAAUGUUGGAAGUACAAACCGCAGAAUUAUCCCAAAAGUUAUUGGGUUUGCAGAGGAAGUGAUACCCCAAUACACGGAGACAGACUUCCGACGUGACUUUCGUGUUUGUAAGAAUACUUUUGAAAGACUUAUUGCUGAGCUUACGCCUGCUAUUGAAUACACAAUACGGGAAAGUGGAAAGGAAGGACUUCCGGUAAGGAAACAACUGCUAGUGUAUUUGUGGUACAUAAGCAAUCAGGACAGUAUUAGAGAAAUUAGCCGUUUGUUUGGUGUGUCAACAUCAACCGUCCACAGAUGUAUUCGACGAGUUUCAAAGGCAUUGUGCAGCAUGCGCCAGCAUAUCAUUAGGUGGCCAGAUUUUGGCACCCAAGGCCUAAUAUCUGAAGCUAUAUCUGAGCGUGUUGGUCUUCCUAACGUCGUGGGUUUUAUCGAUGGGACACAUAUUCGUUUAAGUCAGAUUCCCAAUGGCGAUACCGAUUACAUCAACCGCAAAGGAUAUCCAUCUAUUGUACUGCAGCUGGUUGUAGAUGAUCAACUUCUCAUCACAGACUGUUAUGUUGGAUGGCCUGGUUCAACACAUGAUGCCAGAGUGUAUCACAAUUCACCGUUGCAUGACAAACUAGUGAGAAGGGAUAUUCUUGGACAAGACAACUUUAUCAUAGGUGAUGGAGCUUAUCCACUUUCAACAUCAUUGAUGACACCCUUUAGGGACACUGGAAGAUUGACACAGCCACAGAAGCGAUAUAAUCGCAUAGUUUCAUCUGUACGGCAAAGUGUUGAGAGAGCAAUUGGCCAUUUGAAGAGCAGGUUCAGAAGGCAUCAGAGAUGUGUACUGCAGCGACGUAGCUAGUGUAUGCGACCUGAUCAUGUCAGCCUGUGUUUUGCACAAUCUUUGCAUCCUUUGUGAUGAUGGAGUGAAUGAUUAUUUUGAGGAUCCAGUCAUUAACAACGUUGUGAAUAAUUACCCAGCUGUGUAUAGAGACACAGCUGCUGGUGUGGCAAAAAGAAAUAACCUUGUUGAUUUGUUAUCUGGACAAGAGUGAAUGUUUAAUUCAAUACAUCCAAGAAACUUCAUACUCAACUGAGAUAGAACCAAUUAUGCUACAUUCUGUUUCAGAUUUAAUAUGUGAAAAUAAAGCAUUACUGAAAUCUGUGAAACAUA